UUGCUUGCAUUAUUGCUACUAUUGAUAUUCUUAGUAUAUCAAUUCACAGUUAAACCAUUGUCGUAUUGGAAGGAAAGGAAUGUUUUGUGCAGCAAAGAUCCGGUUCCGAUAUUUGGAAACGCUUGGAAAUGGAUGUUAAAUAAAAUCAGUUUCUUAGAUAACUUCGUCGAAUUUUACAAUGAAUAUCCCAAUGAAAGUUUCAACGGAAUUUUUAACUUCAAUCAACGUUCUUUACUGGUCAGGGAUGUGGAACUUAUUAAGAAAAUCUGCGUUAAGGAUUUCGAUUAUUUCAUGGAUCACAGACAUCAACCAAAAUCGGACUUGGAUGCGCUUUUCUUCAAAAAUCUGAUCCAGUUGACCGGCGACGAAUGGAAACAAAUGAGGGCAACUUUAAGUCCGGCUUUCACGGGAAGUAAAAUGAAAGGAAUGUUCGUAUUAAUCUCUGAAUGCGCUCAGAAAUUUACUGAGAAUUUCGGUGAAACCGGAAUUGUCGAAACUGACGUGAAAGAUCUUUUCACGAGGUUCACUAAUGAUGUUAUCGCAACGUGUGCUUUUGGAGUUCAAUGCGAUUCCAUUAAAGAUCGUGAGAACGAUUUUUAUAUGAUGGGUAAAAACGUGACGUACUUUGAAGGUCUGACGCUGUUCAAGUUCCUUUUAUUCAGUUCGUUUCCGAAAAUGUUCAAGAUUUUCGGUUGGCGCAUUUUUGAACGAUCGUCGACUUCAUUUUUCUUCGAUAUAAUUCGAGAAACCAUGGAGUAUAGGAUAAGUAAUGGAGUUGUUAGACCGGAUAUGCUUGAUCUCUUGAUGGAGGUUAGAAAAGGGAAGUUGAAGCAAGAUCAGCAAGAGGAUCAACCGGAUCAAGGAUUUGCUGCGGUUGAAGAAUCUCGUACUGAAAUACGGGAAACCUCGCAGAAAGGAAUCACUGAUGUUGAUAUUGCGGCUCAGGCUUUUAUAUUUUUCUUCGGCGGUUUCGAAACUUCUUCCAUCAUUUUAAGCUUCAUGGCCAAUGAAUUAGCUAUCAAUGUUGAUGUUCAGGAAAAGCUGCAAGAAGAGAUCGAUGAUGUUAUGGCAAAAUCCAAUAGGAAACCCACUUAUGAGAAUGUUUUAGGCAUGAAAUAUUUGGAUAUGGUUGUUUCAGAAACUUUGAGGAAGUGGCCUCCGUCUCCUAUAAUAGACCGUGAGUGCACCAAAGAAUAUAAUUUGCAAGGAAAUGGCAGGAGUUACACUUUAAAAAUAGGUGAUAACAUUACGAUUCCGAUAAUUGGAUUCCAUAGAGACGAAAGGUAUUUUCCUGAACCCGAUAAAUUUGAUCCUGAGAGAUUUUCCGAUGAAAACAGGAAACAUAUCAUUCCUUACACUUACAUGCCUUUUGGCGUCGGUCCAAGAGCGUGCAUUGCAUCGCGAUUCGCUUUGCUAGAGAUUAAAGUCUUGUUUGUCUAUUUGCUGCACAAAUUCGAUUUGGUCGUCACCGAGAAAACAUCCGCUCCAAUAAAACUAUGUAUGGGUACUUUAAGAGUGCAGCCCGAAGGUGGAUUCUGGGUAGGCAUGAAACAAAGAACACUUAACUGA